AUGGAGAUGUACUGGCCGCAGCAUGACAUGCACCGAACGCGGAUACCGAUGUAUGAAAACAGCAGACGCCAUGUAAUCUGGGAUUACCGCAUGCAGAGAUGGAUGGUGAUGUGGUACCGCCAGGGCAUUCAGGUCUUUCGCUGGUUCAGCGGCCGAGGGGGCAAGUUUGAGCAAGGGCGAACGCGGGCUAUCCUCUUCUACCAGCAGCUGCGGAACGCAGGGAAGUUGGGAAGCCCCAAGCCCGACCAGUGUCGAAGCGGGGUUCGCGGUGUUUUCUUCGACAAGGAGGAGAAGUCUUGGGUGGCUCGCUGGAGUAACUGUGGCAUGAAGACCUAUGCCAUGUUCAGCACUGAGGAGCUGGGUUUUCGCAAAGCGUACGAGGAAGCUAUUCGUGUUCGCGUGCAGAGUGUGCGGCAGAACCAUCAGUUCAUGUUUCAGCGAACCCGAUGGAAGGGACAGAGGCGACCUCUCGGACAGCCUCACACCUGA